CCUCCCGCUGCCGUGGGUCCGGCCCGCUCCCGUUGCUGGCGGUCCCGGCGUCGCGAGUUCCCGCUCUCCCGCCCCCUCCUUCCCACCCUCCGAGCCGGCUCCGCGCUCUCCUCGGCUUCCCGCUCCCUGCCCACGGCCCCGGCGCGGUAGCCCUAUGGCGUACAGUCAGGGCGGCGGCAAGAAGAAAGUCUGCUAUUAUUAUGACGGUGAUAUUGGAAACUAUUACUAUGGACAAGGACAUCCAAUGAAACCUCACAGAAUCCGAAUGACUCACAACUUGCUGCUAAACUAUGGCUUAUACAGAAAAAUGGAAAUUUAUCGACCUCACAAAGCAACUGCUGAGGAAAUGACCAAGUACCAUAGUGAUGAAUACAUCAAAUUUCUCCGAUCAAUAAGGCCUGACAAUAUGUCUGAGUACAGCAAGCAAAUGCAGAGAUUUAAUGUUGGAGAAGAUUGUCCUGUAUUUGAUGGCCUGUUUGAGUUUUGUCAGCUGUCAACUGGAGGCUCUGUUGCUGGGGCAGUAAAAUUGAACAGACAACAAACAGACAUGGCUGUCAAUUGGGCUGGGGGACUUCACCAUGCCAAGAAAUCGGAGGCAUCUGGUUUCUGUUAUGUCAAUGAUAUUGUGCUUGCCAUCCUUGAGUUACUGAAGUAUCACCAAAGAGUGUUGUAUAUUGAUAUUGAUAUCCAUCAUGGUGAUGGUGUUGAAGAAGCAUUUUAUACCACAGAUCGUGUCAUGACAGUAUCAUUCCAUAAGUAUGGUGAAUAUUUUCCAGGCACAGGGGACCUUAGGGACAUUGGUGCUGGAAAAGGCAAAUACUAUGCUGUCAACUUUCCAAUGAGGGAUGGUAUAGAUGAUGAAUCAUAUGGACAGAUAUUCAAACCAAUUAUAUCUAAAGUAAUGGAGAUGUACCAGCCCAGUGCUGUGGUACUGCAGUGCGGAGCAGAUUCACUGUCAGGGGACAGACUGGGGUGCUUUAAUCUUACUGUUAAAGGUCAUGCUAAAUGUGUGGAAGUUGUAAAGACUUUUAACUUGCCACUGCUGAUGUUAGGAGGAGGAGGCUACACAAUUCGUAAUGUUGCUCGAUGCUGGACAUAUGAAACUGCUGUUGCCUUAGAUUGUGAAAUUCCUAAUGAGUUGCCAUACAAUGACUACUUUGAGUAUUUUGGACCAGACUUCAAGCUUCAUAUUAGUCCUUCAAAUAUGACUAAUCAGAAUACACCAGAAUAUAUGGAGAAGAUCAAGCAACGCUUAUUUGAGAACUUGCGCAUGUUACCUCACGCACCUGGCGUGCAGAUGCAGGCCAUUCCUGAAGAUGCUGUUCAUGAAGACAGUGGAGAUGAGGAUGGAGAAGAUCCAGACAAACGCAUUUCUAUUCGAGCAUCUGAUAAGCGCAUAGCCUGUGAUGAAGAAUUUUCAGAUUCUGAAGAUGAAGGGGAAGGUGGUCGACGAAAUGUUGCAGAUCAUAAGAAAGGAGCGAAGAAAGCCAGAAUAGAAGAAGACAAAAAAGAGACUGAGGACAAAAAAGCAGAUGUUAAGGAGGAGGAUAAAGCCAAGGACAGCAGUGGUGAAAAGACAGACACCAAAGGAGCAAAAUCAGAACAGCUCAGCAACCCUUGAACAAAAGAUAGCCUCUCAUCAGUUGCAGAACAUAAUACUAGAGUCUGAGAAUACCUAAAAGGAGAAAAGUUUUCAUAUGGAGAGAGACUGCUGAUUUCAUUUUGUACUAUUUGGCAUGGACUGUAUUUAUUUUCAAACGGCUUUGUUCUGUUUUUUGGCAAGUUGUAUUGUGAGUUUUCUAAUUAUGAGGCAGAAAUUCCUUUCUUCACCAUGCUUUAUGUAAUAGUAUUUAAAAAUGGAUGUGAGUUAUUAUGUUAAAUGUCUAAACUGAUCUAUUAAAGUAAUUUGCCUUUCCUGAGCUGAUUUUACCUUUUUUGUAAUUUUAUCUUUAUUAAAAAAAAAAAAAAAUUGCA